AUGGCUACGCCUAGUGCUGUUCCAAGAACAGCUCCUAUCGCUAUUGCCCCCAAACCAUCACAUUUCAACCCCAGUAGUCGUCACGGCACACCUGGACUACAUCACGACGCAUAUGCAGGUGGUAUGAACGGCCAUGAUUCCGCGGACUCGGACACUCCCUCAAGUGGGAGUGCAGUAUGUAAUUUCUGUACACGUCGGAGGAUCAAAUGCGUCAUGAGCGAGGACGAUGACAGUGGCGCCUGCGUCUCGUGCCAGGCCAAUGGAAUUGAUUGUUCAUUAGAUCAAAGUCCUCAGCCUCGAAAGAGGAAAUUAGCGCGUGACUUCGCCGACGACAGUGUGCUACGAGGCUCACCUGGUCGGCAAGAUAACAGAAGAUUUCGGCAAGAUACCUUCAGUGUUUCUAGCACAGCUGCCAGCAGUUCUUUAAUUGAGGAAAUGGCAAAUUUCGGAGGGCCAACCCUGCUGAAGAGGACAUUAGGGCUUCAAAAUGAGCGCUACAGCCAGUACAUUGGGCCAACGACAGAUUUCGAGCCUUCUCUUAUCAAUUUAUCACCCUUCGACAACCAUGAUGAGAGCUUACUGGCCCGCGGGACACUCCGUAAAGUCAGCGACAACGACACGUUCUUACUGCUCCCUGACAGCCAGACGGAGCGAUAUGAGUACCAGAUUGUGGACGCUGAUGAAAUCGAGAACCUCGUUGCGCCACACGGCCGGAAACUGAUUGAUCUCUAUUUUGACGUUAUACACCCAGCUUUCCCAAUCAUUCAGAAAGAGGUCUUCCUCGAGAAGUAUGAACGUUCUUACCGUGAAUUUUCACCACCAUUACUGGCCGCCGUUUACAUUCUCUCGAUCAACUGGUGGGACCAAUCGGAGGAGCUCUCGUUGCAUCCUCGCCCAGACCUGAAAGCUUUAGAGAGGAUAAUGAAAUCGUCGUUGGUUGAUGCUAUGUGGAGACCGAAGCUCUCGACAAUUCAAGCCGGACUCCUUCUAUCGCAAAUACCUGACGGCGACCAAUGGGCACCAACGGCUCAGCUUGUGGCCAUUGCUCAAGAACUGGGCCUCCAUCUCGACUGCACGCAUUGGAAGAUUCCGCUCUGGGAGAAGGGCUUGAGGAAACGACUUGCCUGGGCAUUGUACAUGCAGGAUAAGUGGGGUGCUUUGGUCCAUGGGCGGCCCUCUCACAUCUUCCAAACGAAUUGGGUAGUGCAGCCCUUGCUUCCUGGCGACUUCCCGGAAGUCGAUUAUGACGAGGAGAACGCCGAUGAAAGGCUCGACAUCGAGCGCGGUCGAACUUUGUUCGUACAAAUGAUAUACCUAUCCCAGAUCCUUGCCGAGAUCCAGGAUACCUUUUACACAUUGCAAGCAAUGCAGAAUGUGACAAAUGCCGGUCCUCAAGGUAUACACUUGGUCUUGUCGCUUGCAAAGCCGAUACAGUUGAAGCUGAAAGAGUGGUAUUCGUCGAUACCGGCGGUCAUCCGAAUGGACAACUCGCUAUCAUCAAUGGUAUCUGGGCGGCUAUCAAGUAUCGGCUAUCUCCAUUUGGCAUAUUAUGCAACAGAGAUUACGUUGCAUCGGCGGAUUAUCCGCUCGCUCGCUGCCGACGAGACAGCUGUAGACUUCUACCUGAUGCAAAUCUGUCGCAGUGCCGCUAAGGCGCGACUGAUCUCCGCUAUGGAUUUUGUCAAUCGGUUGACUCCCAAUCACUUAAGCGCAUUCUGGUAUUUUGCUUCAAAGACCAACUUCGCACUGAUCGGUACAUUCGGCUCUCUGCUCUGGGCAACGUCGCCUGGGCGAGAGGAAGCAGACUGGUAUCGGCGACGACUGGCAGAAUACCGUUGGACGCUUAGUGUGAGCUUCAAACCCGGCGAAGGUAAAGGCCUUACAGCGUUCGCGAUGGGUAUGCUCGACAUAUCAACCGGCCUCCUGAAAAAGCUACCCGAGAAGCCAGAACUGAGUCGAAGUGGAAGCACGGCCGAGAUGGAAGCUGCUGGGCGUAGGCAAAGCCUGCUUUCAAUGAGUAUGAGUUCGAUACCAACGGAAUUUCAGUUUCAGAGCGGCAUGCAUAGUGCGGAUAUCAGUGGAGCUGUGAGCCCAGGAAGUGUAAGCGACAGCAGCGACGAGAUGUACGACAACUUUGCGCCAACGAGUGGUAUAGCAUCCAUGCGUGGCUAA